AAUUAUCUAUAGUUUUCUAUAAGCGCCAAUUUCAAACGCGAUAAGCAAAAACGCUAUAUUAAGCAAAUCUAAUCAUGUAUGUAAGAUUCGAUUUCAGUUGUACUUAUACAAUCUCCUUUGUCUUCGGAACAACACUAGCUGGCAAUCUGUUGGGAACAGAAAUAACAAACAAAGGCAUUUUGGAUAUAACCUCAAUUUUUCUGGGAAGCCAGCAUGCACCCUAAAAGUAGCAUUUUUCCUUUCACUUCCUACAAAGAACAAGUGCACCGAGAGUCGUUGGCCAGUCGUCUGUUCCAAGGUCUUUGACCUACAUCCCUACAAAAGCCCUAGCUAUAUGUUAACACCCCCUACACUUGAUCUUCUUCAUUCGACUCGAGUCUACGCACAAGAAUUAACGCGUUUGAUUUUUCGCUCUCCUCUGCCAUCUUAUACCGAGAAUUCACUCACGCAAACUGGACGAUAUAAGGCGAGUACCGAAAAAUGCUGGACAUCAGGCAGAACGAACAACUUCGGAAGCAGGGCGAGGAUUUGAUCUCCGAGUUCGAUCGGACGUUUUUCUCAAAGGAUGAGAAACCGUUUGACGCCGGCGGCUCGGCCAUCGUCGCCGAUGCAGAUCAAAACAAGAUCGUCGUCCAGGAGGUAUUUGUUCAAGACGGCAAACACUGGAUCAAACUGGAAUUGCUCCUAUCCAUCUUCUGCAUGUUGCCCGGGCCGAGUUCCAGCAUCGCCACCGUCAUCCUGGAAGCCGGAACCGAAUUUCCAGUCGACCUGAUUCGACGAGCUUUCGUCAUCAGCAUGACCGAGUGCGUCUACGUUUGGCUCAAUCAAAAUGAUUAGGCCAAGGGUAUCGCGGCAACUCAUUUUGUGGUUUAAUUUUUUAAAUUUUUUUAAAAUUUCCACAAAUUGAAUCAAUGCAAAUUGUAUCGCCCUGUUUUUUAACUGUUUCGACGAUUAAACAGCCGUGCUGAUUUUAUAUGAAACUCAUUCGUCCAAAAUAUAUAAUCGAUUGUACCUGAAUAUUCAUGACAUGCACCUGUACGUCUGAAUAAACAUAAUUAGUAUGUA